UGUGGCAGCAGGAGCUGCGUGGAGGAGAGGACCUCUGCCCAGGACCGAGGGGGAGAAUGGGAUGAGCAGAGCCGGCCGAAAGGAGCAUUUCCCACCAUGAAUGGGUUCCCAAACUGCUCUGCCAACUACACCAGGAUCUGGAAUCAUUACUUGGUGCUGGCCCUGGGCAUCCCCCAGCUGACCAUCAACGUCGUCUCCAUCAUCUUCAACUGCACCGUCAUCUUCACCCGCCUGGCCACCCGGGACCUGCACAAGCCCAUCUCCAUCCUCUUCUGCAACCUGGCUGUCUCUGACCUCUUCACCAGCUUCUCUGGCUUCUGGAUUUCCAUGCUGUUCAUCACCAACCCCGACAUCACCAUCUUUGGCUCCCAGGACAUGCUGGCUCCCUACUCCCUGUACACCACGUCCAUCCUGUCCACCAUCUACAACCUGGUGAGCAUCGGCAUCGAGCGCUACCUGGCCGUGGCCGCCAGCAUGAGGACGAGGUUCCGGGUGGCCAGGAACCACUCCAUCGCCGUGGUCUUCAUCAGCUGGCUGCUGGCUUUCUUCCUGGGCUGCCUGCCCCUGAUGGGCUGGAACUGCCUGCAGGCGGAGAGCAACGUCUCGGUGCUCUACAGCCCCUUCUGCGUCAGCUACCUCGUCUUCAUCGCCAUGCCCAACGUGGCCGUGGCCUUCCUCGUGCCCCUCUUCACCUACCUGCGGAUCAUCAUCAUCCUGAGGAAGAGGAAGCUGAGGAUGCAGGCGUGCGGCCAAGCCACGGGCACCUACAGGUCGGCGGAGACGCAGGUGGCCAGGACCAGCAUCUCCAUCUGGCUGCUGGCCCUGGUGUCCUACGCGCCCUUCCUGGCCGGCGUCGUCUUCGACGCCGUCAACCAGCGCUGCCACGGGGAGCUGUACCCCGGGGUGUACAUCUUCAGGAACUGCACGGCCAUGCUGAUCACCCUCACCUGCCUGGGCAACCCCCUGCUCUACACGCUGAGGCUGAAGGCGCUGCGGGGCCUCGCGGCCGGCCGCGCCUGCGCCAUCGGCCACGGCUGACCCCGGGCUGGGGGCUGCGGUGGCUUUGGGGUGCUGCUGAGCCCAGUGCCGUGCCUGUUCCUGCUGGAUGUUCCAUUCUGUGCCCUCCAGACUGGCUCUGAGAGCGGAGGUGGGGAGAAGAUGAAGCACGGGGGCUCCUCUGGAAGCAGCACUCCACGUUCUGCGCUGCACGCUGCUGUGUGGGCACGGACGGAGCAGAACAGAGAGCUCCCUUGCUUUUUAGUUAGUUUAGCCACUGAGGCAGAGAAGGUUUCCCUGGGCUGUUGUUUUUUCUUUCCCUUUUCUUGGAACUGUUGGAACCUGCUCCGGACCAGGACCUGGGGAGCAGCGAGAGGUGGAUUGGAAACGCAGUGAAGCCGGUGGGAAGAAUGCUGAUGUCUGACUCCAGUUCAGGCUGAAUGAUUUCUUUGUUAUAACUAUACUACAAUACAUUAAUAUACUAUUUAAAGGAGAUACUCAAACUACAAACCUACUUUUCUAACUCCUAUAUCUAACAACUCACAACUCGUGACUGUCUCGCUCUAGUCCAGCCCCAGGUGGGUUGAAUUGGCCACCAGCUCAAACAAUCCUCACCAGAAUCCAGCC